UAGCAGAGGUAGCGGCCAAGCGCAGGUCCCGGGUGGUGGGUGGGUGAGUCGAGCUGCUGCCGCACCAUGCUCCUUCUCAGCUUGCUGGUGCUGCCUUCUGUCAGAGCCCUCGAGGGGGAGAAUGCCAGUCGCUCCAGAGCAGCCAGGGCAGCAGCGGCAACAGCAGGAUGGUGGUGACAACCUCUGCCAGUGGCGGCCUUGGCGGCGGCAGCAAAAGGGAUCGGACUCCCUCGGGCCAGCGCCAAAGGGGCUGCUGCCUGGCGCCGGCGGAGGCUGCGGUGUUACUGACCACAGUCUGCUGUCUCUGUUAUGGAAACUCUCUGCCGGGCGAGUUUGUGCACGACGACGUGUGGGCAAUUGUGAACAACCCAGACGUUUGGGCGGCUGCCCCUCUGAGCUGGGGCAUCUUCGCCAACGAUUUCUGGGGCAAGGGCAUGGCCGAAAACACCAGUCACAAGUCCUACCGUCCUCUCUGCGUCCUCACCUUCAAGCUAAAUGUAUAUUUGGCUGGCAUGAACCCAUUUUAUUUCCAUGCGGUAAAUAUAAUUUUACACUGCUUGGUGACUCUGGUGCUGAUGUACACAUGUGACAAAAUUGUCUUCAAGGACCAUCGACUCGCUUUUGUUACUGCAUUAAUUUUUGCUGUGCAUCCCAUUCACACAGAGGCAGUGACUGGCAUCGUGGGCAGAGCAGAUGUAUUAGCUUGUUUGCUAUUUCUAUUGGCCUUUCUCUCCUAUAGUAGGAGCAUGGAUCUGCUUUACAUUGGGGAGUGUUUUCCUCCUAAGACUUCUCCAUUCUUUCUGCUGCUCAGUCUGUUUCUGGGGACCUGUGCAAUGUUGGUCAAAGAGACUGGAAUCACCGUGUUUGGAGUGUGCCUAGUCUAUGAUCUUUUUUCCCUACCUCACAACAGAGGUAAAUGGAGCAACCAAGAAGUACAACAGUGGAUUUCUCACCAGCCUGUAGCCUCUGAACUCGCCUUGCUACCCUCCUCUCACAAGGAAAAUGCAAAGCAACAUCCCAAAGGGACAUGGAACUCAUGCCCCUCCCUAUUGCCUACUGAACAGAAGAAUGUAAUCCCUGUGUCCAGGCCAGCAAUGUGGAACAUUCUGAGGUACCUGACAGCAAAUAGCAAUCAGAAAUCCCUGUGUGUCACAAGGCCAUUUUUAAAAAGAGCUGCUUUGGUUAUAAGCUAUGUAAUUGUGACUUUAUAUUUCCGAAUGUGGAUAAUGGGAGGAUCCAUGCCAUUGUUCUCAGAGCAGGAUAAUCCAGCUUCAUUUUCACCUUACGUUCUUACAAGAUUCCUUACAUAUUCCUACCUUCUGGCUUUCAACACCUGGUUACUGCUGGCACCAAUUACUUUAUGCUAUGACUGGCAGGUUGGAAGUAUUCCUCUGAUAGAGACCAUAUGGGAUGUACGGAAUUUGGCCACCCUUCUCCUGGUUGUGGUGAUGCUGUUUCUGAUUCUACAUUGCUUAACAGCAUUUAAGAACCUGGAACACAAUGAAGUUCUAGUUGGUUUGCUUUUCCUGGUUUUCCCAUUCCUCCCAGCCAGCAACCUCUUCUUCAAUGUGGGCUUUGUGGUGGCAGAAAGAGUCCUGUAUAUGCCUAGCAUGGGCUACUGCAUCCUUUUUGUCCAUGGUUUAAAUAAGCUCUGUACAUGGUUAAAUCGAUGUGGGGCCAUUACCUUGAUAAUGUCUACUUUAUUGCUUCUGCUGCUUUUCUCCUGCAAAACUGUGAAACAGAAUGAAAUUUGGCUGUCGAGAGAAUCUCUCUUCAGAUCUGGAGUUGAAACUUUGCCCCAUAAUGCUAAGGUGCAUUACAAUUAUGCUAAUUUCUUGAAAGACCAAGGUCGCAAUGGAGAAGCCAUCUAUCAUUACAAGACUGCCCUCAAGUUGUAUCCCCAUCAUGCAAGUGCCCUGAACAACCUUGGAACACUGACCAAAGACAAGACAGAAGCAAAGGAGUACUAUCAAAGAGCUCUACAGCUAAACCCACAGCAUAACCGAGCUCUUUUCAAUCUCGGAAACCUACUCAAGUCCCAAGGGAAGAAAGAAGAAGCUAUCAUCUUUUUAAGAGAUUCCAUCAAAUUUGGUCCAGAGUUUGCAGAUGCUUACUCAAGCCUAGCUUCACUGUUGGCUGAGCAGGAAUCGUUUCGGGAAGCUGAGGAAGUUUAUCAGACUGGAAUCAAGAAUUGUCCAGAGAGUUCUGACUUACACAACAACUAUGGAGUUUUUUUAGUAGAUACUGGGGCUCCAGAAAGUGCAAUGUACCACUACCAACAGGCCAUCCAACUUAGCCCACGUCAUCAUGUGGCCAUGGUUAACCUUGGCAGACUCUACAGGUCUUUGAGAGAGAACAAAGAAGCUGAGAAAUGGUACAAACGGGCCCUGGAUAUAACACAAACAGUUGAAAUACUGUCCCCCUUGGGAGCACUAUAUUACAACACUGGCAGGUACGAAGAGGCAUUACAGAUUUACCGUGAAGCUGCAGCACUCCAGCCUUCAGCUAAGGAAAUCCAGCUGGCCUUGGCUCAGGUUUUAGCUAUGAUGGGGCAGACAGAAGAAGCUGAAAAAAUGACCAACCACAUUGUGUCAGAAGAGGCUGGAUGCCUGGAAUGCUAUCGCCUGUUGUCAGCAAUCUACAGCAAGCAAGAACAUUACCCCAAGGCACUAGAAGCUAUAGAUAAAGCUCUACAGCUAAAGCCAAAGGACCCUAAAGUCAUAUCUGAGCUUUUCUUCACAAAAGGAAACCAACUAAGAGAACAGAAUUUUCUUGAUAAAGCAUUUGAGAGCUAUCAAGUAGCUGUGCAACUGAACCCAGACCAAGCACAGGCCUGGAUGAACAUGGGUGGAAUUGAACACAUCAAGGGAGACUAUGUUUCUGCAAGAGGUUAUUAUGAGAAAGCCUUACAACUGGUUCCAAAUAGCAAGUUGCUGAAGGAAAAUCUGGCCAAAUUGGAUCGAUUAGAAAAGCGAUUACAGGAAGUUUCAAGAAAAAGAUCAGACACAGUAGCACUUUGACUAAGGCUCUUGGGAUAAUUUGAGCUCUCUGGGAGAGGGAAAAUUAUGGGAGACUUCAUUUUCGUAGCAGUGGAGACAAGACUUUGGUCAAGCUCAUCAUCCAGGAUGGUGCAUAUGUAUACAACCAUUGCUAACACUAAGUGCAAUGAAAUUUGUAUUUCCACAGGUCAUAAAGAAUGGUCAAGAGCAAAGGAAAAGAAUAAGGAAAUAACCUCAUUUUAACCAACUGUUAUGCUUGGGUUAGCCCUAGGGAUCCCUCCAAAUAUUGCUCUUUUCUAUCAAUUCUGAAAGCCCAUAUAUUUUUUUUCAGUUAUUCAUAUCAAAAAAUUUAAAAAGCAUUAGACACUGUAGAGGCACAGCAUCUAGUUCUUGUCGAGGGGGAAAAGAAAAUGGAAGAAGAUCCUGAGACUGAAUAUUUACAAAGCAAACCAAAUAGAAAAUUCCAUGGAGUAUUAGCAAAAGACCACCAAGGGAUAAUUUACUUAAUCCUGAGGGCCAGUGUGAUAUUAUUUGCAACCUUGGAGAGAGUAUGGGGAUCAAUAUCUGGAACCUAGGAGAAAGCACAGGGAUAAAAGGAUAAUGCAAGGGAGGGGACUGUUUUCAAAGUUCUAUUGGGAGUAAACAAUGGCCCACUCUCAAAUUUCUUUUUUUUCCAUUCUCAUAUAAUUUAUAAGGAAAGCCACUAGAAUUACGCUUGGAAAUCCCUGCCUGUCCAUGUGUAAAGGAAAGGGCAGGAGGAAGAAAGAGAAAAGGACAGUAUAGUUAAUUAUUAUAAGGAAAUAUUACUUGAAUAUUUUAUUGUCACUAAACGUACUAUCACUUUUGUAAUAGUUCCCCUCCAGUAUGUUAACAGAGCUGUUAAAAUCACAAACACUAUUCUCAUGCUCUCAUUCUGGGUGAGAGUUUACUAUGUGUAGUCACCUCCAGAUCUUCCUUGCCACAUUCUGCCCAUCUUCUUGCCACUCCACUGUGAGUACCCUUUUCCUUUUCUACCUCUUAGUCUGGACACAGUAAUUAAAGCAACCGUACCAUUUCUAAAAAGGGUGUGUCAAAUCAAUUGCCCUAUGAUUCUACUCACCAUUCUUAUAUUUUUCCAAAUGAAAAAAACCCAUCUCUGGCUCCCACUUCCAUAUAUAUCAUAUAUAUGUGUAUAUAUAAAUAUGAUAUAUGAUAUUUAUUUAUAAGAUAUGAUA